AUGAUCUCUAAGCUCUUUCCGAUUCCGCAUUCUAUUAUUCUGAAAUCCCUUCUCCGCCUGGGCCUCAAUUUCCCCAUCGAUAGAACAGGACUGGGCUGCCCUCGAGGACGUCUACGCGUCACCGACCUCGAGAGCCAUUGCUCGCAUGCGCCUUGCGAUCCCGCCGGGCCGGCGCACUGCAGUUCCAGUCACGUGGUGCUGUUAAGGCGAGCCGGGGAAAGCGGAAGUGUGGGCUGGCUAGAGAAGGGGGGGGGUCGUAGCGAUUUGAGGGGGCCGCCGGACGGAUGUGAAGGGCCGAAAAGGGGGGGUGAGGAGCAAGCUGGCGGCCACGGCUCCGACAUGGAGUAUGACUCCACGGGCCAGUGCAGACAGCUCAGGGAAGGUGUGAGCGCUCUACUACCCUGCCGGUCAUCUUGGAGGCAUCACCCCAUGAAGGAAGCAGGUCCCCUGGACACCACUCCUGGCCAGAAGAAGGGCUCUGGGGCCCUGGAGGCCCUGAAGGCCAUGGAGAGGGCUCUUUGCCUUGGAAGGAAAGAUCGGAAAUGCCCACCUGGCCUUGUGAGGAGCUCGAGUCAGAGAGCUGCCCAUUGCCGUGAAGGAACCCAAGUCCUCGGCUGGUGCAGCAGCUUGAUCACAAGUCCUGCUUUCUUGUAUUCAUCUGAGGCAGAGGAGCCUAAAGUGUCCCCAAAGGAAGAGGAGGAACAGCCAGUGGCAGCAGUGGAGCCAGAGCGGGAGGCUGGUUCCAUCCGGGGCCUGGUCCAUCUCAUUAGUGAUGAUGGGGUCCACUCUACAGCCCGUCUCGUCCGAGGCAGGACAGUGGCCGCCACUACCAGGGUUGUGGCUGAGGCUUCUGGAGAGGCCCCGGCAGAGGAGGAAGAGGCUGAAGCAGAGGCAGAGGAAGAGGAAGAGUCAGAGGCAGCCCUGCCCGGCUCCCGGGAGGGCCUCAUGGAGGGUAAGCGGUUCCUCUGUGUAGCCUGUGGCAAACACUUCAAGCGGGCGUGGGAGCUGUUCAGCCAUGAGGUCGUCCACAAGUCAGCUCGGCCCUUCCGCUGUGACCUGUGUGAUGCCGCCUUCAAGCGUCAUUCUGAUUUCAAGAGUCACGGGCUGGUCCACAGUGAGGAGCGGCCCCAUACCUGUGAGGCCUGCGGCAAGGGCUUUAAGAGAGCCAGCAACCUGCGGGAGCACCGCCGCAUCCACACCGGCCAGCGGCCCUUCCCCUGCCCGGCCUGUCCGAAACGCUUCAAGUCGCCCUACGAGCUGCAGCGGCACUCCUCGCAGCACGCCUCGGCGCGGCCCUUCGCCUGCCCGGACUGCAGCAAGGCCUUCGCGGCUGCGCCCGCGCUGCUGCUGCACCGGCGCCAGCACUGCGAGGACAAGCCCCACGCGUGCGGCGCGUGUGGCAAGCGCUUCACGUACGGCCACAGCCUGCGCGUGCACGAGCGCGUGCACACCGGGGCGCGGCCCUUCGCCUGCCCGCUGUGCGCCAAGGCCUUCAAGCAGUCCAACGCGCUCACCUCGCACCGCCGCGUGCACUCGGGCGAGCGCCCGUACCCGUGCGCCACGUGCGGCAAGGCCUUCAAGCAGUCGUCCUACCUGGCGGUGCACCAGCGCUCGCACACCGGCGAACGGCCCUAUGCCUGCUCCACGUGCGGCAAGGCCUUUGCCCGGCCUUCGCUGCUCGUGCAGCACGGCCGGGUGCACAGCCCGGCCCACCCUUUCAGCUGCCGCUACUGCCCCAAGCUCUUCAAGGACGUGGCGCACCGCGCUGUGCACGAGAAGGUGCACGCCGGAGACGCGCCUUACAACUUCCACGUCUGCGGCGAGGCCUUCACCCACCCCAGCAGCCUGCUGCAGCACGGGAAGGUGCACAGUGAUGGCUGAGGCCUGCGGAGGGAGUGCGAAGGACAAGAGGAGGGAAAGGACCCCGCCCCUUGACGGAAGGACAGCCAGCAUGCCGAGGCCCCGUGGCAACGG